CGAAUCGACAUCUCUAUCUCUCCGUCUUUCUUUCUCUCUCUAAUUUUUUUUCCCUUUUGGCUGGUGUUUCUCUCUCCACAACACUUGACUGACUCUCUCUCUCUCUCUCUCUCUCUCUCUCGCUAGAUGUGUACGUAUUUAUAUGUAUCUACUCUGCAAAAUCGAACUGUGUAGAGAGGGUUUUGACAACGCGCGUUUGCGGCUAUGGAUGUUGAAAUCGUCGAAUUUGCUUCAGACGACUCUCAAGCUUCGGCCGCCAAGAAGCUUAAGCACAAUGAGGAUGCUGUGGCCAACGAUUUUGAGAAGUCUACUAUUGUUGUGGGGUUAACAUCUGAGUCUCUUAAUUCAGACAAUCUCAAUGGUUCCCAUUCAGAUAUGUCAUAUCAUGAUGAUAAUGAUGCCGAUGAGGCCGUUGAUGAUGGCGACGAUGUUUCUGAUUAUGAUGACAAUGAUGAUUUUAUGUUCGACAACGAUGAUGAUGAUGAUAAUGAUGAUGAUUAUCUGAGUAUGCAAGCCCAAUUCGAUAAUGUGGAUUUACCUCCUGGGGUAGAGGCAUCAGUUUCUUGGUUGAGAGAUCCUUCUCCCAGUGCAAAUGCCCCAGCUUCUAAUAAUGCUACAGGCCCGAGUGGUGCUGUGGGUCAGCCUGCUGGGGCAAGGAUGUCUUCCUUAAAAAUUUAUGAUCCCGCUGCCAAUAGCAAAAUUGAGGCUGCUGCUACAAGCAGUUCAACAGUCCUUGCACAGUCAAGUUCCAGUGGGAAAGAGAAAGAAGAAAAAGAAGAUGUAGUUCUGAGUAAGUUGCAACUUUUUAAAAGGUUUGAUACUGUUGAUGAUUUUUCGGAUCAUCACUUCAACGGUGUGGCCUUUUCAGGGCAGCAGCCACCCUCUUGGGCAAAGAGAAUUCAGGAAGAGUGGAAAAUUCUGGAGAAGGAUUUACCUGAUACAAUAUAUGUAAGAGUUUAUGAAACAAGGAUAGAUCUUUUGAGGGCUAUCAUUGUAGGACCAGCAGGGACACCUUACCAUGAUGGUCUGUUCGUCUUUGAUGUUCUCUUCCCUACUACCUAUCCUGAUGUGCCCCCGAUGGUUUACUACUAUUCUGGUGGCCUUCGAUUAAACCCAAACUUGUAUGAUUGUGGGAAAGUCUGCCUCAGCCUUUUAAACACAUGGAGUGGCAACAAGAAUGAGAUGUGGAUGCCAAAGACAUCAACCAUGCUACAAGUCCUUGUCUCUAUACAAGCUUUGAUAUUGAAUGCAAAGCCCUUCUUUAACGAACCUGGGUAUGCCAAUAUGUAUGGUGGGCUGGAGGGAGAAAGAAGAUCAAAGGCUUACAAUGAGGAUGUGUUUAUUCUAUCUUUGAAGACAAUGAUGUAUACGCUUAGGAGGCCCCCAAAGCAUUUCGAGGACUUAGUUGCUGGGCAUUUUCGUCUUCAAGCACAUGACAUUCUGUCAGCAUGUAAAGCUUAUAUGGAGGGUGCUGAAGUUGGGUCUGUGGUCAGAGGAGUCGUCGAAGAUACAAAUAAUAAGGCAGAAAAGAACCAACCUGGUGAAUUCAAGGAAGCAAUAGCUAGAAUGAUGAAUAGUCUAGUUACAAACUUCAACAAAAAUGGGUCAAAGGAUUGUGAGCAGUUCCGUCGUCCAGUUUGAUAGCUGGUGAGGCUGAUGCCAGGGCUGAUGGGUGGCAGUUUAGGGCUAGUAAGUUCCUUCUCUUAGUUUGGUUUUUUUUUAUUCUAUGUAACUGCACAGAUAUUUGUUUAUAGAAAGAUUUAUCUUUGGGAUUUUCCUGAUAGAUGUAGAUAAGGUAGGGUGUUUUAGGGAUGGAAAACAGAGAUUCCAGUCGUAUAGUUCGUUGCAUCACAUCUCCAAGUGAAAAUGAAUCUGGCUUUUUUUGUUAUGUGGUCUAAUGUCAUUCCUUCAAA